GUGAUUUGCAUCCAAAAAACAUGUUUACCCAACUGAAUCCCAACCUUUCCAACCUGGAAUCCAUUCGAAAAUAUCUUCUUGAUGAUCAUUUUGACACUUUUCCUGACUAUUACCAAAACCUAGCUACUUUUUCCAACUUUAACUUUAAUAAUGAUUGGAGUUUCCACAACAACUCAGUCGACUCAUCCAUAAACAUGGACUUGAGUUCAUCAAACUCGACCGAGGCGUAUAGCUAUGGUUCAAGCCUGUUUUCUUCACAUACGGGGGAUGAUCAAAUACUAAUUCUUGAUGAUUUUGAAACAUGCAGUUUUUUAGUUGAAAACAUUGACGAAAAUCUUGAAGUCACAAAUUCAUAUCAUAGCCAAGAUAACGCCCCGAAGGCGAAAAUAUUACAAGACACCAAUAGAGAAGUUGCUAAAAUUCCACAGUCAUCUUCAGCCAUCAAAAAUAACACGACGAAAGCAGCAAACAAGCCGCUAAAGAUGGAUUUCUCAACCGGGCAUAUCAUUCCAUGUGGUGGUGUAAAACGAGAGCGAGAUGACGGGGAUGGGUUGCAAGCUACUGAGAGGAGGUACAGAGGUGUAAGACGACGGCCAUGGGGGAAGUUCACCGCAGAGAUGAGGAACCCAGAAAAGAAAGGCUUGAGAUUAUGGCUAGGGACUUACGAGACAGCAGAAGAAGCAGCCAUGGCGUACGAUCGAGCUGCUUUUAAGUAUCGUGGGUCUCAAGCUUUGCUUAACUUCCCACAUUUGAUCGGAUCACAUUCACAGCAUGAAAAUCUCGAGAAGUAUACCAACAAAAGGAAGAGGAGCAAACAUACUAAUUAGGGUUUACAAAGCUGGAGAACUCUAGUCCAACAUGUACCUGCUUGAUAAGUGUACGAUGAGAUACGAUUAAAAAAAAUACUAUGUAUGUCUUGCAUUUAGGUCUUGUAUUACUGUACAAUAUUGCUUCUUGUACGAAGCAAAAACCUUAGGCAACCUUAACUUGACACUAGACAUUAGAUGUAUGUAGAAUUAAGAAUACAAGACUACAUGUGUUAAAUCUUAACAUUUUAU